UCAUUGAAUCAUUCGAUAUGCACGUGUUGGAAAUUGUAUAAAACGCCCCCAUCCAGACCUUCUAGACAUCAGUCUUCGCCCACUCUUCAUUCUUGCUAGUCAUCUUUAGUAGCUCCCGAUUUUAUUUUAUUUGAAUUAAUUUCAUUGUUGGACAGGACUACCAAAAUGCUUUCCGUAGGAAUUUUGCUGAUAUGCUUAUGGACUUCUGCCAUAGCUGGAAACUCGUCCAGCGCUUUAAAUGCUACCGGUUCUAACGCUUCCGCCAUAUCCACCAGUCAGCUACCCUUUGGAAUCAACAUGUCUGAUUUACCCAAAUCCAUGCGUAAUAUCAGUUAUCACACCAUUCAAACCAUCCUAGCGUCGCAUCCAAAGAUGAGAAUUCCCAAUGUGGGAGCCAAGCACAACAAAACAGUUAUUGUGGCCAAUGCGACCGAUGCGAGCAAGACGGCCAGUGACGUAACGCUCCCGACUACUUUACGCAAUCUGACACAGCACAUCAAAAAUGGCGGUCAUCGUUCCAGCUCUAGUCGACUUCUGGAUCGAUUGGCAUCGAAAGUCUCUCUGGUUAGCUUGACCUCAUCUAAGGUUAGCGACGUGUCGAAUAAAACGUCACCGCUGAGAAACGAACGCGCCUCUAUCAAUGCCACGUUGAUUGAACUGAAGAACGCCACUGAUCGGAUCAACAAUAAGACUAUUGAGAAGCGUUCCGCCGACAACACUUCUAUGACGGACAGGGCUUCGUCUUUUUUCCAGACUCUACCCGGCAUGCUGGCCAAUACCACAUCUAACGUCACUUCCUGGGCAAGGAGGCUGUUUAGAGUCGACAGCGAAUCUUCAAGGAACGCGGCUACGAAGAAAGUUACUCGAGACACAGCUGCUGCUGAACUGGAACUGGUCAAGGCGCUGGUCAACACUUCCGCACUCAACUCUACUUCAACGGAAAAAUUGGGCUCUACUGUAGCUGCCAAAAAAGACAACUCAUCUCUAGCAACCAUCAUCGAGCGUGCUGUUGGGAACCUGACUGCUGACAUCCCAGCAGUAAAGGAAAGCAAUUCAUCGGCUGUUAAUUCUAGCAAGUCAGGAAUUAAGGGCGGUGCCGGAUCACAAGUUGUGGAAGUUCCUCUUAAGAGACAAAAUGACAGCACUGUUGAGGGUGAACACAAGGUCGCUAAACUGACUGAGGAAAUUCCUGAGAAAACUGCAAAUUCUUCUUUGAUCGCGAAAUCCUCAGCUUCGCCCGACAAUCGUACCAAACGUCAUUUGAAUGGUGGGAGGGGAAGCUACAACGUUAUUCCUUCUCGGCCGUCUCCUGGCCGAGUUCCAGUAUACGGAAGGCCUCCAGCUGCUGCUUCUCAAACUUAUGGAAUGGUUCCUCCUACAGCUUACGGAAUGACUCCAGCUUCCCCAGCUACAACUACUCCAGCUGUCCCAGUCUAUGUUUAUAACACUCCGGCAUCUUAUGCUCCUCCUGCUACCUCUGCUCCAGCCUAUGGAAUUGCUCCUGCUUCCCCGACCUAUACUACACCAGCACCUGCAGCUCCCGCUUAUGGAAUGGCCCCUGCUGCUCCCGUUCCUGCUGCUGCUUAUGGAAUGGCCCCUGCUACUCCUGCCCCGGCUCCUGCUUAUGGAAUGGCUCCUGCUGCUCCCGUUCCUGCUCCCGCUUAUGGAAUGGCGCCUGCUGCUCCCGCUCCUGCUUAUGGAAUGGCUCCUGCUACUCCUGCCUCUGCUCCCGCUUAUGGAAUGGCGCCUGCUGCUCCUGCUCCUGCUUAUGGAAUGGCCCCUGCUGCUCCCGCUCCUACUUAUGGAAUGGCUCCUGCUGCUCCAGCUCCUGCUUAUGGAAUGGCCUCUGCUACCCCUGCCCCUGCUCCCUCUUAUGGAAUGGCUCCUGCUUCUCCCGCUCCUGGUGCUGUUUAUGGAAUGGCUCCUACUCCCGCUCCUGCUCCCUCUUAUGGAAUGGCCCCUGUUGCUCCUGCCCCUGCUCCUGCUCCCGUUUAUGGAAUGGCUCCAGGAGCACCGAUCUAUGCUACACCGGCACCGGUUGCGGCUCCUGCUUAUGAUCAGACCACAGAGUCAUACUACACUGCUCCCGCCCCGUUGUACACAACUAAUAUUCCGCCCAACUUACAGCCUACUCCGAGCCCUUAUGGAGCUUUGCCUCUCCCUAUUUAUCCUGCCCAACCUUACGGUUCUAUGCCGUCUCCCCCAUCGCCUACUGCGUCCCCGUGGUAUUAAGUUAAUUAUGCGUGCGUCAGCUAGAUUAUUUCCCAAUCGAUUCUGACUUUGAUUGUACAGUUUUACGAAUCUUCUUUUAUUUUCAUUACCAUAAUGUACUAGCUAAUAUGUACUAAUAUGUUGGCAAGGUUGGAUUUUACUUACUGAUUAUUACUUGAUAGAGAAUGGUGUUCAUGCUAAGAUAUUGUUCCAGAAAUGGAGAUCCGGGUUUAAAUGUAAUACAAGAUUUUUCCGAAA